CCGAAGGAAACAUCGGAAGGUUUCGACCAGACGACGUCGGUAUGAAAUGGCAGAAAGUGCUUGUGUCACGGAAGCUCUGAAAAUCGUGUACCUUCUAAUCACACAUGUAUUUCGCGUGGAUCCCGGUGCGCUAGCGUGAGUGGAAACGUGGAUUUACUCCCUCCCGACACGUCCAUUCGGGUUCUCCAGCGAAAGGAAGGCACACGGGCGGCUGCUGCUGUGGGUCGGACUCUGUUGGAAUUAACCAGAGGAGAGGGGUGUGGUGAGGAGCGCUCCACUUGGAUGCCCUGUCUCGGCGUAGGUCUCAGGUGCCACCAUGAACAGGAACAAACGCGAGAAGGAGUAUUACAGUAUAGAUGUGGGCGAUUCCACUUUCACUGUUCUAAAACGCUAUCAGAGCCUCAGACCCGUCGGCUCAGGGGCACAGGGAAUAGUCUGUUCAGCCUAUGACCACAACCUGGAGAGGAACGUAGCCAUCAAAAAGCUGAGCCGGCCCUUUCAGAACCAGACCCAUGCCAAGCGGGCCUACAGAGAGCUGGUGCUGAUGAAAUGUGUCAACCACAAGAACAUAAUCGGUCUAUUAAAUGUAUUCACACCGCAGAAGACGCUGGAGGAGUUCCAAGAUGUGUACCUGGUGAUGGAGCUGAUGGAUGCUAACCUCUGUCAAGUGAUCCAGAUGGAGCUGGACCACGAGAGGCUGUCCUACCUGCUGUACCAGAUGCUCUGUGGGAUCAAACACCUGCACGCGGCUGGCAUCAUCCACAGGGACCUGAAGCCCAGUAACAUCGUGGUCAAAUCCGACUGUACACUGAAGAUCCUGGACUUCGGUUUGGCCCGGACAGCGGCCACGGGUCUCCUCAUGACUCCUUAUGUGGUGACCCGCUACUACCGCGCACCGGAGGUCAUCCUGGGCAUGGGUUACCAGGCCAACGUUGAUGUCUGGUCUGUGGGCUGCAUCAUGGCUGAAAUGGUCCGGGGUAGUGUGCUGUUCCCAGGCACUGACCACAUCGACCAGUGGAACAAGGUGAUCGAGCAGCUGGGCACGCCCUCUCAGGAGUUCCUCAUGAAGCUGAACCAAUCUGUACGCACGUACGUGGAGAACCGGCCGCGCUACGCCGGAUACAGCUUUGAAAAGCUCUUCCCAGACGUCCUGUUCCCUGCAGACUCUGAACACAACAAACUCAAAGCGAGCCAAGCCAGAGACCUCCUAUCCAAAAUGCUGGUAAUAGAUGCAUCAAAAAGGAUCUCAGUGGAUGAAGCUCUACAACAUCCCUACAUUAACGUGUGGUACGACCCAAGUGAAGUAGAAGCUCCUCCACCAGUGAUCACAGACAAGCAGUUGGAUGAGAGAGAGCACACGGUUGAAGAGUGGAAAGAGUUGAUAUAUAAAGAAGUUUUGGACUGGGAAGAAAGGACAAAGAAUGGUGUCAUCAGGGGACAACCUGCUUCCAUAGCACAAGUGCAGCAGUGAGCGGCAGCCUCCCGCAGCCACCAGCAUCUCCUUGUACAUGAUCCCCCUCUUCCUCCCUGACCUGUGACCCCCUCCCUGAUGGGCGGGACCCUAAUAAAAGGGUUAGCUCUCCGCCCCCUGCUGCUGCUGCUACUACAGCCAGAGGCCCCAGGGCUGCUGCACACGACUAUCAUGGACUCGUCUCCUGGUCCUCCGGCAGGACCUCGCUCCCCGGUGGAAAACUUUUACGCCUUCUAAGCCCCACCCCCUAGCAAACCCCUCCUCCCUCCUCCUCUGUGCUUGUCUUCAGUAGAAUAGCGUUAGACAUAUAGCUGUUUAAGAAAUCUUUUUCUAAUGAGACUUUUCCAUUUUUGUUUUGAGAUUUUAAAUUUUAGUCUUUUUUUCUAAACUUAUUUUCUUUGAGCUGUAAUUUAUUAUGACAUUGUUAUUUGGAAACACAUUAUAAUCACUACACACUACUUGGCAUUAAGCAAGAUUGGAAAGUUACUAAUUUAAGACCAUUAUUCCCAAUAUUUGAGAUGGUAAUAAUCAUUUUAAAUUCUAUAUAAUAUGCUCUCAUUUUAUGUGUAAACAAUUAAUGCUUUAUAAUGUUUAGUUAUUAUAAGUGUUUCUUUAAUACUUUUGGAACCUAAGAUGAGAACUUUUAUGAUUUUACCACAUUUCGGUUUGUACUAACCGAAGAGAAUCUAAGGAAAUAAUUGUAAACAAAAUUAUGUGAUCUUUUUGUUGUUGUUGUUGUUGUUACUACUUUUACAAUUUGCCAUACAAUUGUAGAUUAUGUUUGUACAGAUUCUAUGGUAGAGGUAGAUUUAUCAUUGAGUGUGGAGAGCCAUUGAAACUGAACUGACAGAAUGAUGAAUAGUUCUCCCUUGGUGAUAUCACGCCAAGUUUGGUGAUUCAUGCAUACUGUGUCAGGUUUGGACAUUUUUCGGUUUCAGCAAAAUGAACGUCAGGAAAAUUAGACACAUGUUGAGUUAUGGUCUCAGACUGAAGCUCGUAUUUUUACAUAUCAUUAAUGUUUUUAGUGGAAUUGAUAGUCUUGUUUCUUUCUUACAUAACACAGUUCCAAUGCUCCAGUUCCAAUUGUAAUCAUGAAGUAGUUCCUUUAACAUGAAUUUCUUAAAUGGUACGUACCAUUAUUGCUACUGUAAAACUGUACCUCAUAAUAGGGUUGUCAAAAGUAUAGAAAAUCAGAUACUAAUCAAUACUAAAACGAGUAUCGAUACUAGAUACUCAUUUGUGCAGAUAUCGAUACUUAAGUCACAUGCACAGGACAGAAAUGAGCCUUUCCUGAACAGUUUUAGAAUGAUCUUAAGCUGUAUCAGAACAAGUAUAAGAGCACAUAGACUAGUAUACUCCCAUGGACCACUAAGAACGUACUCGGACCACUAAGGGAUUACAUGCAUUGUAAUAUAUAAAAAAAUGUAGUAUGGAUGUAACAAUAACCGAAAUAUUGUGAUAUCGUAUCUUCCCAGUUCAUCACAACAAUAUCGUGGACCAUCACAGUAUAUCAAAUUACAAGUCUCUUUGCUUAAAUUAAGAGUUAUGGUGCAGCAAUUUCUUAAAAAAAAAAAAAACCAGAGGGAACUACAUAGACCAUGAUCCUUUGCUCCAUGUCAGUGUAGACUACAUGAAGAAAUAACAGUUCUAAGCACUUUGAAGUCUUAGUUCUUUGGAUUAAGUCUUGUCAAGGCAUUUGAAGAGGAAAAAGUAGCAUAUUAAGUUUUGUUUAGCCUCCACAAAAUAUCGUGAGAUGUAUAUCAUGAAAAUAUCGCACUGAGAGAUUUGGAUAUUGUUACAUCCUUAAUCGUGAGCCUCCCCACCAUAUCGUGAGCUUUCCCACGAUAUCACAAUAAAUAUUGUACCGUGAGGUUCAAACCGUGACGAUAUCUUAUUGUGAGACUUUGAUAUCCUUACACCCCUAAUAUUUAGACAAUAGAUUGUCAUUUUCAAGAUUAAAUCAGUUUGUUUUUAUUGUAAUUGUAGCACCAGAAUCGGUGCUUCCUUACUAUUGAAAAUUGAGUUUGAAAUGUUAGUAUUGUGACAGUACUAACUCAUAAUGAAUGUAGAAUUUAUACACAAUUAAUUUCUUAAUUAAUUUCUUCUUAAUUUCCAUUUUUGUAGUCAUUUUUACUUAACAUUCAGUUUUAUGUUGAUUCUUCACAACAUGGUAAAAUUCAAUCUGAGACCAAGCAUCUUCCUGUCAGCCAUUUUUCUGAAACAUGUCCAAAAUUUGUUGAACACCAUACUACUAUAUAUACACAACAUACUUAUAUUGUCAAACCACUUUUCACAUUGUUAAAAUUCAAUCUAUCGAAAUGAAAGUUCUGAAUGCGUAUGUGGUGAGGGAAUAGAUAUUUACAAAGAGGGAUUGCAUAGUUUUGCCGAUGAUCGUCUUGUGGAGUCGAAGUGCUUUAAUAUAUAAGUAAAUAUAUUUGUGGCAGGCGAAGUGACGUUUUGGUGAGAGACUGAAAUGACUGAAAAGAUGCCGGCGGAGUGGUUUGACAGCGAGGCAAUGUAAAAGAAAGAGGAAAUUAGAAUGUGUUAUUUUGAAACGAUUUUUUAAAAGUCAGAUUUAAUGGAUUUUGUGAGGUUGUAAAACGUGGUGGCUUUUGAGUAGAAUGUGCUUCAAGUAGGUGAUUUUGAGAAUACGUGAAUGCGAUGAUUUCUGAAGAGGUUUUGGCGAUUCAGCAGCGAACGAAAUGGCUGCUUUUCAGAUCCAGUAUUAGUCAUUCUGAAAUUUGGAAUCGAUCCUGCUUGGGAUUUAAUCCUAGCAUAAAUUUGUAACACAACUAUUUGGAACUAUUUUAUCUUGUAUGCAAUAAUAGUGAUGAUUUUUGCUCGGAAUGGUAAAGUGCCUGUUUUAAAUUCAUUCCUAAGUUGGUUGGAAGUUCUCAUUUCGGGUUGUGUCGAAAAACGUAUUGUAUAUUUUUCUACUUGUUCUGAUUUGUCCCUAUGAUUGGAGAAGAUUGUCUUUCAGGGUAUGUCGGAAAGGGAUAGGAGGAUGGCGUAUUUUAAAGGUCCUAUAUUACGCAAAAUUGACUCCUGUGAGCUUUUAGCAUAUUAGAAUGUUGUUACCUCAUCGAAAACUUACCUGGAGUUGUGUUUUGUUUCAUUUACACAUAUUUGAGUAACCAAUUUAUUAUUAUUCUGUCUAUAUCUUCAAAGCUCAAAAUGUUCUGUUCCAUCUUGUGAUGCAUGAAGCGGUAGUUUUCAAGUUUUCAACACCUUCCUUUUACUUUAACUUCAGUAGAGAUUGGAAAAUCCAGAGCUGAAAUUAUCCAAAUGAUUCUUACCACUUCAUAUUUCCGUUUGAGAGAAGAACACAGCCUAAAUAUGCAAGGUUUGUGUAUUAAAAGUGUCUGAAUGAGACAAAACACAACUCAGAGUAUGUUUGUGAUCAGGAAACAACAUAACAGAUCAGAAAAUGCUGUAAUAUGGGUCCUUUAAGUAGUUUUAAGAGCAAAGGCAGUUCAUCAAAGUGUCAAGUAUGAGUUGACAGGUAUUUGUGACUGAGAGGUAUGAACAUUGUCAAAACGGCGUAGUAAGUCAGUAUUGUGGAAUUUGGAGAAGGCCUGGUUGACUUAUUGACAGAAAUACUAACAAAAUAAUACAACUAUUUAUAACUAAUGAGGUAUCCACUAAGCCGAUGAUAAUAUAUUUUCCUUAUCUAUAUUGAGGCUAAGACGUGCUUAAAGGUAGUGAUUGCUGUAGUUUUGAGCUGCAUUGAAAGAAUUUCUUUUUUUUGCCAAAUAUGUAAAUUUACAAAGAUUAUUAUCACUUAAAGGGGAAUUACCGCAACUAUAAUUAUUAGGUUGCACCAUUUUUUAUUUUUUUAAAUUUGUGAUAAAUGUUAUAUUUCAGUAAAUUAUUAUUAUUUUUUUCAUAUAUUUUUUCAUAUUUUUUUGAACAUGAAAUUGUUAAAUAUUUGAUUUCAUAGCUGGUAGAAAGUGGCAGAUGUACCCAUAGCCAUAUAUGACGCAAUAUUAUACCUUAUGUUUAACAGGGUGUAUAAUUUACUUGAUACUGAAUAUAACAUUUAUUUUUGGUAUUAUUUAAUUUAGACUUUUAUUUUUGAUUUUUUUUUUGUAAAUUUUCUUUACACUAAAGCACAAAUCUUUAAUUAGGCCUAUGCAUAAAUAGCAAUUUUUUCUUGUAGACUGUUGUUGCUCUUUAGUUAUUAGUUAUCCGCUAAUUAGCAUUUUCAUUAGCAACUAGCUUGGUUAGCUAAAGGAAUAUUAAAGGUAUACAACACUAUAAAUGGAUAGUAAAAGCUAGCAGUUAGCACGGGUGGCUAAAAUAACCGUCACUUCACUAGUUGUAAAUAUCAUUCAGCUGAUUUGUGCGUUCUUGUGUUUUUAAACUUUUUACGGUGCAACCUUUGUUAUUUUUUACAUUUCAAUUUUCUGUAUUUUUAUCUGAAACUUCCAUGACAACAAACGGCUACUACUCUGACAUCUAAUUCUCAUUAGUUUAAAAAGUGGUUUUGGAAUUGUUAAAAAUUGCACACAAUAUUUACUUUAGCUAUGUAACUUUUCUUUACCGAUGGGUUUACUACCAGCUUAUUUCCGUGGAGACUGCCUAGAAGGUUCCACAGUAUGGCAUUAAACUUAGCUACCUCCGUGAAGACAAGCGGGUGACGCCAACAGGCCAAAUUACAGAUCAGGUCUAUGCAGAGGCCACCCCGCUCACUGUAAUCUAGUUUUCAAGGUAUUUGUUAAGCAUUGACGACGCCAUGCCGUUGAACAUUCCAGGCAAAUGAGUAACCAUGACGACAAGCAGACCCUUCACUGGAAAAGUUACACAGUGCGUGUUUAAAGACUGCACAGAUCUAAACAGGGCCAUAGUUCAGCGGUAUAGUACUGUAAAUUAGGCUUUGCUAGCUAAAGUCGAUCGCAUAAUCCACUUUGUCGUCUGAAGUGCUCUUAAGUUGUUCCCAUUGUAAUUGGAGUUGGCUGUAUCUCAUUCGUUUCGCAUUGACCGCGUCUCCGAACCACGUGACAGGGAGUUGAGUCGACUUUGAUGAACUACCUCGCGCUUCUAAAAAAAAAAAACCAAAAAAAAAUACCACCUCCGCGUGCAGAAUUAGCUUUAGCGGUUAGCAAUUAGCUUCACGGAAAAACAAACAAGAUGUGUGAAUAACAGAUUCCAUUAUUUAUUUAUUUGAAAGUGUACUAUUUGUUUCAACAGACUUCUAGUUUUGUACGUUAUGUAUGCUUCAGUAAGAGAGAAUUGUUCUAUGUAUUUUUUUUUUUUUCUUUUUUGGUUUUUACUUUUGACUUUUUAACUAAAUGUGCAAUACCUUCAGAAAACUGUGCUAGUUGUGUCAUGGGCCUAGCCUGUUAGGUGUAUCCUGAAGGUAAAAUGUUUGGUACUGUCAAUCCAUGUUUUCCUUUUUUUAAGAAUAAGAUCUGAUUUUAUCUCUAAGACUUGUCAAUAAUAAUCAAUAUGUAUUCAGUCUUACCAGCUUUAGAAAUCUACUGGCUAGGCUCAAAACGGUUGUGCAGAGUUCUAGCCAAUAGAUUACCUGGAUGGCGCUAGAAUGUAUCGACCGGAGGGACACUUGGCUGUGAUUGGCUAAAAAGCUGACUGACUCCAUUCCUUCAAGCAUUAACGUAUUAAGGAGCUGUACCUAAUUUUUUUUUUUGUGUGUGUAAAAGUACAAAAUUUAUUUUGUCCCAUUAGAUGUACUGUAAAAGCUGUUCUUAAGGAAUUGUACUGUUGUCAUGCUAGCUGGUUUCUGAAAGUUGAGAAAAGAGCUCAUAAACUCAUCGUGGUGAAUAAUUUGGAAUAACUUUGGACCACUGCAAAUACAGUCGUCCCUCGCUAUAUCGCAGGUCACGUUUUGCUGUUUCGCUGAUUUUUCUUUUUUUAAUGCUGUUUUGCAUGCCUUUUUUUUUUUUUUUUUUACAGCAUAUGAAGGUGCAUUGCGUUCCUCCCCCUGCGUCCUGAUUACGGGCGGGUAUGCGGGCGGUUAGUGAUUACACACUGGCGAACCAGGACUAAACCAGGACUGCACCAGGACAGCACCAGGUCUAAACCAGGACUAAUCUUGGACUUAAGAGAGAGAACCCUGAGCAGUGUGUCCGCAAAGCGCGAUUGGGCAUUUGCCGCGAUUAGCUCCGUGAGGUGUGGAGCUCUGAGCCGAUUCUUUCUAUGGUCACCUCCGAGCCUGUCCCGACAGUGAGUUCUGGUUCAGUCCUGUUUUAAUCCUAUUUCAGUCCUGGUUUAGUCCUCCUCUUCAGUCCUGGAAUCAGUCCUAGGUUAGUCCUGGGUGAGUCCUGGUUUAUUUUUGGUUCAGUCUGUGGCGCAGCGCAAAAGUUUGAUAUAAUCUCAGAUUAACGGGCACGUGCGGUGCUGUACUGCACGGGUGCGGGUCUCCAAAAACUGACCCGUACAGGACUCUGCGCUAUAGGGCUCCAUUACGGAAUAAGUGAAUCUUCGGUUUGUUACAAAAUGACAAAAGGACGACAGCAGCAAUAAGUUUUAAGAAGGAUGUCCUGUCUGAGAAAAGUGUAUAAAGUGCGUGGUGAGAUGUUUUUAUAGCCUUAACAGAUAAAAUAAUUGUAAAAUAUAAGGGUGACUACUUGGCAGAUUUCACCUGUCGCAGGUUAUUUUUAGAACUUAACCCCCGCGAUAAACGAGGGACCACUGUAUGUUAAAAAUGUGAAAACCCGUGCUGUAAAAGUCAGGUACAGUGCCUUUUGAAGUUUGCUAAAGUAAUAUGAAAACUUUUUAAAACAAUAACUGACUGAUUUCCUGUUAAACCUGUGAUACCCUCCUCUUUUUUUCAAAACAGCCAAUCACAACUGAUCCGCUCGACGAUACUUCCCAGCGCCAACCUUUACGACUGGGUAGGCUAUAAUAAUGUUAAUAAAUAAGAAAAGAUGCGUAAAUACAUGAAAUCACUAUAUGUACGGUGCUGGUUUGUAAUGUUUGCUAGUGAAUCCAGCCAUGCAAGUUAGUUUUAAGAAUUCCUGGAUCGGCGCGUUGAUGAAAACCGCGACCCACAAACAAGUGCACUACUAGAAUCCAUGCACUGGGAUCUGAAGAUGCCACCUCUUGGAGAAAAAAAAUAAGUACAUGUAAAACUGCAAAUAAAUGGAAUACACUUGUAA